CGGCCGUGAAGUUACGCAGGGCGUGCAGCGGUUCAAAGAGGAAGGAAGAUGGCGGACAACAAAGGCGAGGAGGAUAUGGAGCCAUCUGCUAAUUCGGACUCUGUGCUCGCAGCACAAGAUAACGAGCAGCCAGAAAAGAAAGAUGAAAAUGCAGUCAUAGUCAUAGACUCUAAUACAAAGGGCGAGGACGAAACAGAGUCCAACGAUAAAGGCAACGAGACACCAACACCCACCAGCGACGGCGGAGACGUAAGCAGCAGCGGGGCUGCUGCUGCAGCAGCUGGGGAAGUCAAUGUUAGCGGUAGCAACGCCGUCAGCCCGACUGGCUCCAGCAGCACCAAUGCGGAGCCGGUGGCAGCUGAAACCGUGCCCGCCGCGAAUGCUCCUGUCAGUGGUGUCACCACUGAAAUGUCCCCCCCACCGACGGCUCCAGCGGCUACGCCGGUAUCGACUCCCAUUAAUUUUCUGGAUACGUGCGCAGUGUGUAAACAAAGUCUUCAGAGCCGAGACUGUGAACCCAAACUUCUGCCCUGUUUGCACUCCUUUUGCCUGAAAUGUAUCCCGCAACCAGAUCGACAGAUCAGCGUACAGGUACCCGGACCACACGGGCAAACGGACACACACAUAGUAAAUGUUAUGCGCUGUUCAGUAUGCCACCAGGACUACAAACAGAGCGACAUCAUUGAUAACUACUUUGUCAAAGAUACCACAGAGGCCAGCGGUGCGUCUGAUGAAAAGGCUGCACAGGUAUGCACAAGCUGCGAGGACAAUGCAGGAACCAUAGGGUUUUGCGUGGAGUGCGGCGAAUGGCUGUGUAAGACCUGCGUGGAGGCCCACCAGCGGGUGAAAAUAACCAAGGACCACAAGAUUCACACAAAGGAGGAUGCUGACGCUGCCUCCGAGUCUGUUGGUACUUCGGGGCAGAGGCCGGUUUUCUGUCCGAUCCACAAACAGGAGCCUCUGAAGCUUUUCUGUGAGACCUGUGACACAUUGACCUGUAGGGACUGCCAGCUGCUGGAACACAAGGAGCACAGGUAUCAGUUCCUUGAGGAGGCUUUCCAAAACCAGAAAGGGAUCAUCGAGACCAGCGUGGCCAAACUACAGGAAAAGAAGAACUAUGUCCAUUACUCUGUCUCUCAGGUGCAAAGCAGGUUAAAAGAGCUGAAUGAUACACACAAGAAGGUGGAGCAUGAGAUCAAAAUUGCAGUAUUUACUCUUAUUAAUGAGAUCAACAAGAAGGGCAAGUCCCUUCUACAGCAGUUGGAGAGUGUGACCAAAGAGCGUAGUAUGAGGCUUGUGUCUCAGCAUAAGGACACCACCCAGCUGGCCCAACAGAUCCACCACGUCCUCGGCUUCUGCCAGUGGGCCAUCUCUACUGGCAGCAGCACGGCGCUGCUCUACAGCAAGAGGCUGAUUCUGUUCCAGCUUCGCCAGCUCUUCAAGGCCAGACUAGAGCCAGCACCCCAGGCUAAUGGAGUUGUGCGCUUCUUUUGUGACCCCACUUUCUGGGCCAAAAACGUAGUCAAUCUAGGUAAUUUGGUUAUCGAGAAGCCCCCGAUACCCGUGCAACAGCCCGGUGUGAUGGUGGGAGGUCCACCCAUUUCUCCAGGACAGGUUCAUCACAGCAAACAAGCAGGACAGAUUAACUUGGCCCAGCUCCGGCUGCAGCACAUGCAGCAGGCGGCCUAUGCACAGCAAAAGCACCAUAACCACCAACAGCAGCAACAGCAACAGCAGCAGCAGCAGCAACAACAACAACAACAACACCAGCAACACCAGCAGCAGCAGAUCCAGCAACAGAUGCGCAUUGCCUCCCAAAUAUCCCAGCAGCAUGCAAGACAGACCGCGCAACCGAUGGGUCAGCAGCAGCCUCCAAGGCUCAUCAGUAUGCAACAGCUACCGAGGGGGCCUGUGGGUAUGAAUGGUGGGCCAGGUCCCCCCAUGUACUCUUCCUCCCACCAUAUGCGUCUCCCGGGUCCACCACAGGUCCGAAUGGCCACAGCUCAGCCCAGACUUAAUGGACAGCAGUAUCCGGCCAUGAUGCAGCCUCAGCUCCAGAGACAGAUGUCUAUAGAAUCUGAGAUGAGCCACCAAAGGUUUCGUUUCUUACUACAAUCAGGGCAUUCCAACCCAGGUCACGCAGGCCCUUUCCCGGUGGCAUCCCUUCAUAAUGCCAACCCUACGAGUCCUACCAGUGCAAGUAUGGCAGGUGCCCAUACUCACCGCGGCCCUGCGAGCCCAGUCAUAGGCCCCAUCGAGCUGAUCCCCUCCGUCACUAACCCCGAGAACCUGCCCUGCCUGCCGGAGAUCCCGCCCAUUCAGCUGGAGGAUGCCGGUUCCAGCAACCUUGGACACCUCCUGUCUCGCUACAUCACAGCCAGCACGCAGCAUCACCUCGGCUCAGUGGACAUGAACCCCUCGCCUGGACUCUCCACACACUCUCCUGGAUCAUCAGGUUUGUCGAAUGCCCACACACCAGCACGACCUUCUAGCAAUUCCAGCACAGGUAGCAGGGGCAGCUGUAGCUCUGCGGGGAGGGCGGGGCCAGGAGGCGGAGCUUCGGUGGACCAGCUGAGGGUGAAGCAAGAGCCUGGUACAGAGGACCGCUACAACUGUCCAGCAUCUUCUCUGAAGACGGAGCUGGGCAAAGAUUCCGGGAGGAGUGCCUGCAUGAUGAGCAGUCCGGACAACAGCACCCUUCCUGUAUUGGGAGUUGUGUCUACUGGCCAAGAUGCUUGCAAGGCUUUAGCAGAGCGCAUCAAAACAGAACCCCAAUCCGAUCCUCCGUGUUCUGGACUAAAUGGCUCCAGUGCCGCAGCCUCUACUGCAAAUUCAACUAUGACCUCCACUACCUCGUUAUCCUCUGAGAACAACAACAACAACAGCAGCAGCAUCGUUGCCGCUCCCCUUACUAAUGGAAACUCCAGCAAGGGGACAGACGACAUAGGGGAAGGGGUGUUGGCUGGAACAGGCAACUCUGGUGGGAAAGAGGAAGACCCAAAUGAAGACUGGUGUGCUGUUUGUAUCAACGGUGGUAACCUGCUAUGCUGUGACCGCUGCCCAAAAGUCUUCCACAUGAAAUGCCAUGUGCCCACCAUAAAAAUCUUCCCGACGGGUGACUUUCUUUGUACGUUUUGCCGAAGCCUGACAACCCCGGAGAUAGAAUACUGUGACGACAGCAAGAAAAUCAAAGGAGAGCAGGACCUGAGUCCACAGGACCAAAGGAAAUGUGAACGCCUUCUGUUGCACAUCUUCUGUCAUGAGCUCAGCGUGGGCUUCAGGGAACCGGUUGCUAGCUCUGUGCCGAACUACUUCAAGAUUAUCAAGCAGCCCAUGGACCUGAAGAAGGUGAAGAGGAGGCUCCAGUUGCGAAGCUCCCAGUACUACCGUUCCAUCCAGGAGUUUGUGUCCGACAUGCGUCUGAUCUUCAAAAACUGUGCCGAUUACAACGAGAUGUCUCGAAUAAUCCAGGUUUAUGAUGAGGAGAAACAGAUUAAUACGCAGGUGGGGUCCGAGAUGGCGAUAUCUGGCAAGGCGGUAAGCCUGUACUUCGAGGAGAAGCUGCUAGAGACGUUCCCAGGGCAGAGCUUCGCCGAAACAACAGAAACGCCGGAAACGGAGUGCCCAGAGACCAAGGAGAAGAUGGACGACGGCGACACAGACGACUCCGAGGACCACUUCAUACAGCCCAGACGCAAGCGGUUAAAAACGGAUGAGAAAGUGUUCCACAUUAAGUGAGAAGCCAUUCACAGACGAAACAAAACUGUCUUCCUCAAAUCCCAUAUAUCUCAUUUUUCGUUGAGGCAACAGCCAAAAAGGACAAGCAUCACUGUACAAAGUGCUUCGGGGAAAUCGCAUCCUCGCCUUGGAAAUAAUUACUGUCAACUACAUUAGACGUCUGCCCAGAACUCUUGAGGCCAGAAGCAAAGAAGAGCUGCAUUUUCUCCUCAUUUCACGGACAGAGGAACUUGCUUGUACAUAUACUAAAGUAAGAUUUGAUUUGAGGUAGUUAAGUUACUGAUUGCUACUUUCUUUUCUAUCAUCCAUAUUCAUUUGUAGAUUUGUUGUUGCAGUUGCUUUAUAAAACGUUGGAUUCCUCUGUUCCAGUUCUUAAUGUAUUAUAUCUAUACUUUGACGUGAAACAAAGUAUUUGUAUUACUUAGUGGAAGCAUUGUGUAAAUAAGAGAAUCUAGCCCACUGAAGGUAUUCCUACGGUAUAGGUGUUUGGUUGCGUCAUCAAUAAACCUCUUCUUGAAAUCUA